AUGCUGCCGCCCCUACCCUCCCGCCUCGGGCUGCUGCUGCUGCUGCUCCUGUGUCCCGCGCACGUCGGCGGACUGUGGUGGGCAGUGGGCAGCCCCUUGGUCAUGGACCCCACCAGUAUCUGCAGGAAAGCACGGAGGCUGGCAGGGCGGCAGGCUGAGUUGUGCCAGGAAGAGCCAGAAGUGGUGGCCGAGCUAGCGCGGGGUGCCCGGCUUGGGGUUCGAGAGUGCCAGUUCCAGUUCCGUUUCCGCCGUUGGAACUGCUCCAGCCACAGCAAGGCCUUUGGGCGCAUCCUGCAGCAGGACAUCCGGGAGACCGCCUUCGUCUUUGCCAUCACGGCUGCAGGCGCCAGCCAUGCAGUCACGCAGGCCUGCUCCAUGGGCGAGCUGCUGCAAUGUGGCUGCCAGGCACCCCACAGGCGGGCCCCAUCACGGCCCCCUGGCCUGCCAGGCACCCUUGGGCCCCCUGGCCUUGUGGGCUCCCCAGAGGGUAGUGCAGCUUGGGAGUGGGGAGGCUGUGGGGACGAUGUGGACUUCGGGGAUGAGAAGUCCAGGCUCUUCAUGGAUGCGAGGCAUAAGCGGGGAAGUGGAGACAUCCGAGCAUUGGUGCAACUUCACAACAAUGAGGCCGGCCGGCUGGCGGUGCGGAGCCAUACGCGCACUGAAUGCAAGUGCCACGGGCUGUCGGGCUCGUGCGCUCUGCGCACCUGCUGGCAGAAGCUGCCUCCGUUCCGGGAGGUGGGCGCGGAGCUGCUCGAGCGCUUCCACGGCGCCUCGCGUGUCAUGGGCACCAACGAUGGCAAGGCUCUGCUGCCCGCCGUCCGCAAUCUCAAGCCGCCGAGUCGCGCCGACCUGCUCUACGUCGCCGACUCGCCCGACUUCUGCGCCCCCAACCGGCGCACCGGCUCUCCAGGCACGCGCGGCCGCGCCUGCAACAGCAGCGCGCUGGACCUCAGCGGCUGCGACCUGCUGUGCUGCGGCCGCGGGCACCGCGAGGAGAGCGUGCAGCUCGAGGAGAACUGCCUGUGCCGCUUCCACUGGUGCUGCGUGGUGCAGUGCCACCAGUGCCUCGUGCGCAAGGAGCUCAGCCUCUGCCUCUGA